ACAGUAUUAUCAACAUAUUGUGAUUUCUCUUGUAAACUUUUGUAGGCUCUUGAUUUAUGGGUAAGCUGCAGAAAUCAGGUCGGUUUCACGUGUUGCUCAUCCAUGCCCUGCAAAUUUGAUGGUCAGUAACACCCAUCACUUUCCCACCGUCUUAUUAGGAACUCUCUGGUUAUUUUUUUAGGAGUACUUGUUUUGGUUUUUGUUUUUUUAUGGAACUUUGUGAAGUCUCUCGGCCUUGGGAUUUGAAUUCUGUUUUAAAUGUAUUUUGAACGACAAUUUGUGGGUAAUGAGGUAUUAGCAAUCAGUUUCGAUUACUUAAACACGCCAUAGAAGUGGGUUUCUGCUCUGGGUUUGACGAUUUUGUCGUUAUCUGCUGAGUUUGUGGAAUAUUGUGAUCUGGGAUUCGGUUUUUUGAGGGAGGUGAACCCACUGGGGAGAUGUUCUGAGAGAAUCCUUUCUGGAUGAGAGAUGACACUUUUUCUUUUUCUUCUUGGUGGCCUUUUGGUUGAGAAUAGACUCAUGAGGACUAUGUGAAUUGAAGUACUCUUUUUUGUUUUUGGAGCUUUUCACGGGUUCAUGGGAUUUUAAAUGGUAAAAGGGGCUGCUUUUUGGGAUUGAAAUGGUGGUGCGCUUUACUGUUUUCAACUUUCAUGAUGAUUCCUGGUCCGGUAGAUUCCGGCUGACAAAAAGUAGGUAAUUUGAUAUGGGUUUUGAGUUUGGUUUUUGUUGAUGCUGAUAAUUUACUGGUUUUAUUUGUUGGGAGCACAUAAUUGGCAUUUCUAUGUUUGGGGAUUUACACUUUAGUUCCCUGGUUUUCCAUUAUUUCAUGUACAAGGAGGGUUGGGUCGAUUGAAAUUAUUAGUGGGGGAAGAAAAAGAGAGAAACUGGAGAGGAAGGAGGGUUGAAAGAUGUCAUCAAAGUCGACGAACAAGACCACUUGCUCUAGGAGCAGUUCUGCUGCAAGACAUGGGGCCCGUGUGGUUACACAGACCCCCAUCGAUGCAAAGCUUCAUGGAGAGUUUGAAGAAUCCGAACAGGGUUUUAAUUACUCCACUUCAAUUGACUUCAAUAUCUCAAGUUCCACUAGCAAUGUCCCCUCCUCCACUGUAUCAGCUUACCUCCAAAAGAUGCAGAGAGGAAGCCUCAUUCAACCGUUCGGAUGCAUGAUUGCUGUGGAGGAGCAGAACUUCGCUGUUCUUGCGUAUAGCGAAAAUGCUCCCGAAAUGUUGGACUUGGCUCCACAUGCCGUUCCAAGCAUCGAGCAGAAAGAAGCUCUGACUUUUGGAACAGAUGUUCGAACACUCUUUCGGUCCUCAGGUGCAACUGCUUUGCAGAAAGCAGUCAACUUUGGGGAAGUGAAUCUUCUCAAUCCCAUAUUGGUUCAUUGUAAAACCUCAGGUAAGCCCUUUUACGCAAUUCUGCAUCGAAUUGAUGUUGGGUUAGUUAUAGAUUUGGAACCAGUGAAUCCAGCUGACGUGCCGGUGACUGCUGCUGGGGCAUUGAAAUCUUAUAAGCUAGCGGCCAAAGCCAUCUCAAGGUUGCAGUCUUUACCGAGUGUGAACAUAUCACUGUUAUGUGAUGUUUUGGUUAAGGAAGUUAUUGAUUUAACUGGUUAUGAUCGUGUAAUGGUGUAUAAAUUUCAUGAAGAUGAGCAUGGGGAAGUUGUAGCUGAGUGCCACAGACCUGACCUUGAACCUUAUCUCGGUUUACAUUACCCGGCUACUGAUAUACCACAAGCUUCAAGAUUCCUAUUCAUGAAGAACAAGGUUAGAAUGAUAUGCGAUUGUUUGGCGCCUCCAGUUAAAGUAAUUCAAGACAAGAGAUUGUCUCGGCCAAUGAGCCUUUCUGGAUCUACGUUGAGAUCUCCUCAUGGUUGUCAUGCACAUUAUAUGGCAAAUAUGGGCUCCAUUGCAUCUCUUGUCAUGGCAGUGACUAUCAACGAAGAUGACAAUGAGAGGGAGAGUGAUCAGCAGAAGGGAAGAAAACUGUGGGGUUUGGUUGUUUGCCAUCACACAAGCCCUCGUUUUGUUCCAUUUCCUUUGAGGUAUGCUUGUGAGUUCUUGAUUCAAGUUUUCGGCGUACAGAUCAACAAAGAAGUGGAGUUGGCUGCUCAACUGAGGGAGAAGCAUAUUUUGCGAACUCAAACCGUGCUUUGUGACAUGCUUCUUAGAGAUGCUCCUGUAGGUAUUGUUACCCAAUCACCUAAUGUAAUGGAUCUUGUCAAGUGUGAUGGAGCUGCACUAUACUACAGGAAGAAAUUUUGGUUGCUUGGGGUCACCCCGACAGAGGCACAAGUUAGAAAUAUAGCUGAAUGGCUUCUCGAGUACCAUAGUGGGAGCACAGGUUUAAGUACUGAUAGCCUUAUGGACGCUGGCUACCCAGGUGCUUCAGGCCUCGGAGAUGAAGUUUGUGGGAUGGCAGCUGUUAGGAUUACUUCAAAGGAUUUCCUGUUUUGGUUCCGGUCGCACACUGCAAAGGAAAUCAAGUGGGGUGGUGCGAAACAUGACCCUGAUGACAAGGACGAUGGAAGAAAGAUGCACCCCAGAUCAUCGUUCAAGGCUUUUCUGGAGGUGGUUAAGCAUCGGUGCCUACCUUGGGAAGAUGUGGAAAUGGAUGCCAUCCAUUCCUUACAGCUGAUAUUGAGGGGAUCUUUGCAAGAUGAGGUUGUGGAGGAUGAGUCUAAAAUGAUUGUAAAUGUUCCAUCGGUUGAUGACAGGAUACAGAGAGUGGAUGAAUUGCGCAUCGUCACAAAUGAAAUGGUUCGCCUGAUUGAGACAGCUGCAGUCCCUAUUUUGGCUAUCGACGCCUCUGGUAGUAUAAAUGGGUGGAAUACAAAAGCAGCUGAACUAACAGGACUGUCUGUUGAGAAAGCCAUUGGUAUGUCCUUAACUGAUCUUGUCUGGGAUGAUUCAGUUGAAGUGGUAAAGAAUCUCCUCAUCUUGGCUUCGCAAGGUGUAGAAGAGCGAAAUAUUGAAAUUAAACUUAGAACAUAUGGUCCUCAGGAACACAAUGGUCCUGUAAUCUUGGUUGCUAAUUCAUGUUGCAGCCGGGAUACAAAAGAAAAUGUUGUAGGGGUUUGCUUUGUUGGUCAAGAUGUUACAAAACAAAAGGUUAUUUGGGACAAAUAUACACGUAUGCAAGGUGACUAUGUUGGAAUUGUGCGGAGCCCUUCUGCACUUAUUCCUCCAAUUUUUAUGACUGAUGAGCAUGGCCGAUGCUUGGAAUGGAAUGAUGCUAUGCAAAAAUUGUCUGGUUUGAGGAGGGAAGAGGCAAUUGACCAGAUGCUUCUUGGGGAGGUUUUCACUGUAAAAUAUUUUGGUUGUCGGGUUAAAGAUCAUGACACAUUAACCAAGCUAAGGAUACUACUUAAUGGGGUAAUUGCGGGCCAUGAUUCUGAUAAGUUGUUAUUUGGAUUCUAUGAUAAGCAGGGUAAUUAUGUUGAAGCGUUACUUUCUGCUAGUAAAAGGACUGAUUUCGAGGGAAAGGUUACUGGUGUUUUGUGCUUUCUGCAUGUGGCUAGUCCAGAACUUCAGUAUGCUCUUCAGGUGCAGAGGAUAUCAGAACAGGCUGCUGCUGAUAGCAUCAAAAAACUAGCAUAUAUUCGUCGAGAAAUCAGAAAGCCUCUUAAUGGGGUUAUGUUUAUGCAGAAUUUAAUGGGAUCUUCUGAUUUAAGCAAAGAGCAGAAGCAGCUACUUAAGACGACCUCGUUGUGUCAGGAACAAUUAGCUAAAGUUGUUGAUGACACUGAUAUUGAAAGUAUUGAGGAAUGCUACAUGGAAAUGAGAUCUGCUGAAUUUAACCUCGGGGAAGCUCUUGAAGCUGUCAUGAAUCAAGUUAUGAGUAUGUGCCAGGAGCGCCAGGUGCAGGUCAUGCUUGAUUCACCUGCUGAAGUGUCAUCGAUGCACUUAUAUGGAGACAACUUGAGGCUUCAGCAGGUCCUUUCACAUUUUUUGACUAAUGCACUCCUCUUCACCCCUGCAAUAGAAGGAUCAUUUAUUUCAUUUAGAGUGAUUCCAAGGAAGGAACGUAUAGGGACGAAAAUGCACAUUGUCCAUCUUGAAUUUAGGAUCGCCCAUCCGGCACCUGGGGUUCCAGAAAAUCUAAUUCAAGAGAUGUUUCACCACAGCCACGGUCUCUCGAGGGAAGGUCUCGGCCUAUGCAUAAGUCAAAAGCUUGUGAAGAUCAUGAAUGGCACUGUGCAAUAUAUGAGGGAAGCAGAGAGAUCAUCCUUUAUAAUUCUUAUUGAAUUUCCCUUGGCUCGCCACAUUGAGAGAUGAAUUUCACAAACAAACUAGCAGAUGUUGGCCAAAUAAAGUCAAUGGCAUGCCCAUAAAAGGAGUGCCUAUAUAGCUAGAGUUGGACCAGGGAUUGUACAGAGGCUGGAUGAUGCUUGAAUUUUGUGCUGCCCAAUUUUGGAAACUGGAUUGAUGACCAGAAAAUGCUGAACAGGUGAGUUGAAGAGCAGUAACUGUUUCUGAUGUUUCUAGAAGUAAAGAACAUGUUCACUAAAACCCUUCUCACAACCUCAAGCAUCUGGAUCCUUUCUGUAACUUCUUUUGUUGUAACAUCGUUCCUCAAUUAAGUUAGCUUUGUUUUGGGAAGAGCUCACUGACUAAAGCCUUCAGCGUUUAAAUCUCUCCCUCUCCCUCUCCCUCUCUCCCUCUCAUCUAUGAAGAGUGCAGUCUGGGGUGUUGAAUAAACCAAGGAAAGGGUUGUUGUAUCA